CUUGGAUAUUCUUCAAUUUAUUGAAGAUGAAAAUGUAUAUAUGUGAGGAGGAAGAUGCAUCUAAGUUUGUGCAAAUAAAAAAAGGAGCUGAAAAGGAUAUCUUUUCACCCCCCUGAGGAGACAAUGACAGGUGAUCCUGGUCCUCGAUUGCCACUAUCCUGCAUGCUUUAGUUCAGGGGUGGGGAACCCUGGUCCAUCGAGGGCCGCUAUCCAGCAUAUUUUAGUUUCAACCCUGUACCCUCACACCUGAUUUCAAUCAGCAGGUGAUUAACAAGCUUCUGCAGAGCUUAAUGAGCUGCAGAACAGGUGAAUCAACCACUGAUUCAGAAGUGUUGGAGCAAAGAUAUGCAGGAUACCGGCCCUCGAGGACCAGGGUUCCCCAUUCCUGUUUUAGUUGUUUCCCUGCUCCAACAUACCUGAUUCAAUGGUUGAAAUUGUUCAGCAGCAGAUGGGAGUCUUGAGGACCAAAGUUGGACAUCCCUAAUCUUGAACCAGAAGCUGAAGAGUUCAGAUGGUAAAGGGAUAUUUGUGAAUUAGAUUUCCAGCAAUAGUGGACACUUCCAUUCCCAGAUGGCUGGUAUCCAGCAUGUUUUAAUUGUUUCUCUGCUCCAACACCUGAUUUGAAUCAGUGGGCGAUUAACAGACUUCUGCAGAGCUUGAUGAGCUGCUGAACAGGUGAUUCAAAUGUGUUGGAGCAGUGAAAAAACUAAAACAUGCUGGACAGCAUACCUUCAGGGUCGGGAUGAACUAACUCUGAAUGUUAAUCUGAUUUGGGACAGGUUAACUGAAUACAUCUCAUUGGUCAUAUGUGUCCCUCAUAUGGGUUUUGUGGAUUAGCUGCAGGACACACAUGAGAUCAAAGAGUCGUUUAAAUGAUCUGUGAUCCUCUUUCUGUGAAACAUGCGCCGCCGCACCUUCCAUGCAACAGCAUAGCUGCAGCCUGAUGAGCCUGAUGCGCGCUCAGUGACGCGCUGUGACGGAGGCUGGAGGAGGACACCGCUCCGUGCUGCUCUCACACAGUCUCGUCUCGUUCUCUCAGCGGCCUUUCAGGCAGCACAAACCCGGAGGGAUGGAGGCAGCGGGCGGGUACGGCACCAGGAAGGCCGCGGGUGUCCGCUUCGAUCCGGUCGCUUUCUUCACGCAUCCCCGCACCAUCCUCAGACUGCUGUCAUGGGUUUUCUCCAUUGUGGUCUUCAGCUGUAUCGUGAACGAGGGCUACAUCAACAUCGGCAGCGAGCGUCUUCUCUGCGUCUUCAACAACAACGCCGAUGCCUGUAACUAUGGUAUCACUGUGGGCGUGGCCUGUUUCCUCUGCAGCAUCUGUUUCCUUAUCGUGGACGUUUACUUUCCCUCCAUGAGCAACAUCAGGGACCGAAAACGUGCGGUGCUGCUUGACCUCAUCUUCUCUGGUUUGGCCAGCUUCUUGUGGUUUGUUGGAUUCUGCUUUCUGGCCAAUCAGUGGCAGGCAACAUCCCCAGAUGAGCUCCCAUUGGCUCAGGGCUCAGAUGCUGCCAGAGCCACCAUCACCUUCAGCUUUUUCUCCAUCCUCACCUGGGCUGUGCUGACGCUGAGUGCUCUUCGACGCUACCUAACCGGGAGCAAGACAAACCUGUUCACUUGGCAGCACCUUGAUCCAGCCCCGAGCCACGCUCGAGCCACACCGUACCCCAUCCCCAACGGCGCUACCAUAGUAACCACCAAUCCCUAUCAGGCCCCGCCCUUCACUGAAACACUGGACCCCCAGAAGCUCACGCAGCAGAGACCUGUGGCUCCUGCUUUCUAGAGACAGGAGGGACAAGGAUUCAAACAACGCUGCACGCAGCGCUGGAGCAGACACCACGCUGCCUCGCUGUUUAUUAGGUUUCCAUCCUCUCUUGGGGGUGGGGGGGUGGCAGCAGGAGUCUGGGUCAUGUGAUGAUAGAUCUCUUUUCACCAUGGUAACUGCUGGCUACGCUUAGUUAGUUGUAACUCUUCUGUCUUCUGUUCACACGCACGCACGCAUGCACACACACACACACACACACACACACACACACACACACACACACACACACACACACACACACACACACACACACACACACACAGAUUAGGAUGCACGCAACCAUACCAUAUGGAAGCAGUUACAGACACACACCUGGAAACAAUUGUAGAUACACCUGAGGGCAUUCAUUCACACACACACACACACACACACACACACACACACACACACACACACACACACACACACACACACACACACACACACACACACACGCACACACACACACACACGCACACACACACACACAUGCACACACACACACACACACACACACACACACACACGCCUUGACUGCAUGCCCAUGUGGUGAAGUGCAGAUUAGCUGUAGAUGAGUGCUGAUACUCCGUCUGCCUCAGGAGCUACGUGGAAGAUGAGCACCUCCGUUUUAUCCCAGUCAGUCCGACCGACCUGCCUUAAAGAUGCGAGGCUGCCGAUUGGCUGAGUUCUUUUCAAUUUGACCAAUCGCUCGUGAGGCGAUUGAGCAGAGAAAGCUACCUUUUGGAGGGCAGGACUGCUCAAUGCAUCCUAGAGUUCCACUGUAAAAUAUUCAUGUGAUUAAAUAUUUUAUUGUGAUAUGCUGAAUUAGUAAAAAACUAAGAAAGAAACAAAAAAAAGAAAAGAAAUAAAAUUCACAAGUCACCACCAUGAUCAGUGCUCUGAUUCUGCUUUUGUCCCCAUGUUGUCUUUUAAUAAUUCAUUUUUGCUUCCUUUAAUCUCAUAAACUCCUUUUAUGAUUCAAUUACGAAUUGCAAGGCGGGUUGAAGGAUGUUAGGCAUAUUAAUCAACAGCUGCUGGAAGCCUACAAUUAGAUAAGAGUUGUGUUGAAUUCAUUAGCAGCGACAGGCAGCUGCUGGAUGCUGGCUUUAUUUUCAGAUUGUAAUAUAAAUAACUUGUAACGCCUCCUAACUUGUUUUUAAACCUCCUUCUGUUGAAGGAAAAGACCAAACGGAGAGACAGAUGAGAGUCAGACAGGAAGUGGUUUUUAUUCCAGCUGUUCAGUCGUGUAAAGCUCACUGCUUCUAUUAGUCUGCAGGAACAUUACACAUCUUAAUGAACACUUGCAUCACGAUAACCAUCAGAAUCAACAUCCUGAUUCACUGACAAUCAAAAUUAAUGUAGAAAUCCAGCGUUCUCGUGUCACACCUGCUGUUUUAAUAAAAUAUAUUCUGAACCUUUUCUACAAAGCUUGUCUUCGUCAUCUGCAUAAGCCUUUCCGUACCUGUCGCCACCCUGCUCCCAUGCAGUUUUAUCUCUUUAAAUAAUGAAGAGAAAAGGGGGCCAGCUCUGAGUUCAGACAGCAGGGGGCCCUCUAACCCUGCAGAGCUCUAUAGUCACAUGCUUCACACUCAAGUGUGUCUGAUCUACGUCUACCCUGAGAAUACAAAGACACAGAGUGGAGGGGAGUGAGAAAACCCA